CGACAAUGAUGCGUAUUUGCUGUAUCCGCACUACAUUACCCACAAUCCUCUUGUAUGCGCGUCUGGGUGUAAGAGAAAAAGCUUAAAAUUGGACCAUCUGUAGACUUUGAUUUAGCAUCAAUGGCUGCAGCAGAUAUUUUCGACAGGGCUUUGCUGUAUUAUGAGCUGUAGUAAACCAUCGCGCUUCAACCGAUUCUCAGGAGGAUCUGUGGUAGGUGCCGCUAACACUAUACCCUCACCUGACAUCAGCAAACGGACCAAAAUGGAAGCUAGUUUUGGAUCCACUUUUCCAGCAGUCCCUCAAGUAGCAAAAGCAGACACUAAUUACAAACAGCACCGUAGAACCCCUUCAUCCUCCAGCACUCUGACCUACUCCCCUCGUGACGACGAUGAUGGCAUGCCGCCCAUUAGUACCCCUCGUCGCUCAGACUCUGCCAUCUCGGUUCGCUCUCUGCACUCGGAGUCCAACAUGUCGCUGCGCUCCACCUUUUCCCUGCACGAGGAAGAGGAAGACACAGAGCCACAGGUGUUUGCGGAGCAGCCCUCGGUUAAGCUUUGUUGCCAGCUGUGCUGCAGCGUGUUCAAGGACCCCGUCAUCACCACCUGCGGACACACGUUCUGCAGGCGAUGUGCCUUGACCUCAGAGAAAUGCCCCGUGGACAAUUCCAAGCUCACAGUGGUUGUGAAUAACAUAGCGGUGGCCGAGCAAAUUGGAGAGCUUUUCAUCCACUGCAAGUACGGCUGUCGGCCAGCUGCCUCGGGCAAACCCGGUGCCUUUGAGGUUGACCCACUUGGCUGUCCUUUCACCAUCAAGCUAAGCACCAGGAAAGAUCAUGAAGUAAGCUGUGACUACAGACCUGUUCGCUGUCCCAACAACCCCAACUGCCCUCCAUUGCUCACCAUGAACCUGGAGGCCCAUCUGAAAGAGUGUGAACACAUUAAGUGCCCUCACUCUAAAUAUGGUUGCACCUUCAUCGGGAAUCAGGACACGUAUGAGACUCAUCUGGAGGUGUGUAAGUUUGAGGGCCUGAAAGAGUUUCUCCAGCAGACGGACGACAGAUUUCACGAGAUGCAGGUGACACUGGCGCAGAAGGACCAGGACAUCUCGUUCCUGCGCUCCAUGUUGGGCAAACUCUCAGAGAAACUAGACCAGCUGGAGAAGAACUUGGAGCUGAAGUUCGAUGUGUUGGAUGAGAACCAGAGUAAACUCAGUGAAGAUCUGAUGGAGUUCAGACGAGAUGCUUCCAUGCUGAAUGAUGAACUGUCUCACAUCAAUGCCAGGCUCAAUAUGGGUAUACUGGGCUCCUAUGACCCCCAGCAAAUCUUCAAAUGCAAGGGUACUUUUGUGGGCCACCAGGGUCCGGUGUGGUGUUUGUGCGUCUACUCCACUGGUGAUCUUCUCUUUAGUGGGUCUUCAGAUAAGUCCAUCAAGGUUUGGGACACAUGCACCACAUAUAAGUGCCAGAAGACCCUUGAGGGCCAUGAUGGCAUAGUGUUGGCAUUGUGCAUUCAGGGAAACAAGCUUUACAGUGGGUCAGCUGAUUGCACCAUUAUUGUUUGGGAUAUCCAGACCCUGCAGAAAGUGAACACCAUCCGGGCACAUGACAACCCAGUGUGCACUCUGGUGUCCUCGCACAACAUGCUAUUCAGCGGCUCUCUGAAAGCCAUUAAGGUGUGGGAUAUUGUGGGCACGGAGCUGAAGCUAAAGAAGGAGCUAACUGGCUUGAAUCACUGGGUUCGAGCUCUGGUUGCUUCUCAAAAUCAUCUGUACAGCGGAUCUUAUCAAACCAUAAAGAUCUGGGACAUUCGUUCUCUGGAGUGUGUCCAUGUGCUCCAGACCUCUGGAGGCAGUGUGUACUCCAUUGCGGUCACCAAUCACCAUAUAGUUUGUGGCACCUACGAGAACCUCAUUCACGUUUGGGACAUAGAGUCUAAAGAGCAGGUGCGGACGCUGACGGGCCACGUGGGCACAGUGUAUGCCCUGGCUGUCAUCUCAACCCCCGAUCAGACCAAAGUGUUCAGUGCCUCCUAUGAUCGCUCUCUCAGGGUGUGGAGCAUGGACAACAUGAUCUGCACCCAGACUCUGCUGCGGCACCAGGGCAGCGUGACGGCGCUCGCUGUGUCCAGAGGAAGACUCUUCUCUGGAGCUGUAGACAGCACUGUAAAGGUGUGGACAUGCUAAGUGUGACCACUAAUCGUUAUUAGUUGUCAACAUGUUGAGUAAUGUCUUUCUAAACUCCUCGAACUCAGAAACCACAUGGACUCUGAUGCACAGACUUAAAGUAUGAAUAAGAAUAUUAUUCAAGAAAACAUGCAUUGGACCAGAAAUGUUUUUAUUCUGUACCCUAUGGACUUGGGUGUCUGUCCCUUGUGAAUUUUGCAGUAAACCGUUAGGUAAAGAGGCCUAGCUUGACGCGCUGGAUGGAUGAUGCUCAUUUACUUUCCUCUUACCAGACAUCUUUUGACAGCAAACAGAACCUCCAAACCUUCAGUGUUUAUGAAGACCCAGCAGACAGCCAACAUUCAUCAUAAACAUGACGGCACUGUAUUUUAUACACACACAUGCGUGAUCAUUUCCUAUGAAAGUAUGAUUUAGACUUCCAGUCUAAGGUCAUGUUCCCUGCAGACCGUGGAAAAGUUGCUGCGUCAGUGGCUUCAGGGAUGACUGUUGAACUUUGACCUUUAUGAGCUGCAGUCUCAUGACUGAGCGAGUGCCUAAGCUUCAGUCUGACGCCGGUGGAGAUGCAUGGAGCGACCAUCAUCCCAGGGCUGAAUGAAGACUUAUACUACACCAACUUGGGCCUGAAACAGCAGAGCAUUGUUCUGGACAACACAGUACCCAUGUUUUUAUCUCUGAUUUGACAGUGCCAACUGAGCGCUCAGAACGACUCAGAUAUUUUCUAACUGCCUGUUGACCGAUGAUGUGAAACCUUUGUAUGAUGCUAUGAUGACCUACUCAUCCAUCAUGAUUUUGUGUAAAUAAUGCAAUGUUUCUUUACCAAAGGUGCAACUGCUUCAUGCAUGCUUCCAUGUUUGCAGUGGAAGCCCGAUUUUGCCCAUGCAAAUCUAGAAAGACUUUUAUAAUGCAGUUUCAUGUUAAUUACUGAACAAUUUUGAACUGAAUAACAGUACUUAGUUUGAUGAGUGUAAAGCACUUAAUUCAUUAUCAUUGAGCAUCCCAGCGUAACUCAAGAAGUAACGAGAUCAGUAAAGGGGAUGGGAACACUGUGUCACAAUGUGAAGUAGAGUUCCUCUCGACUUAAAUCGAUAAUUCACCCAAAAAUGUCUUUUUUUUAAUUUUGCUGUUUUUCCUAGCUUGCUUUUUUCUUUGGAACAUAUUUUCAUAAAUGGAUUUUGCCCAUGCUGCGGAAUCUGUGGUCACCAAAAUUGUUCAAAACAUAUGUUGGUCCCACUUUAUAUUAGGUGACCUUAACUACUGUGUAUUUAAUUUGAAUUAAUCAUUUGAUACAAUGCACUUACUGUGUACAUACAUGUUUUUACAUGGAACUUGUAUUUUUAAAAUACCUAUAUGUAGUUACACCUGUAAUUAAUUUUUGUAAUUAUAUUUGUAUAUACAAAGUUGACCUAUUCCUUACACUUUAACCUACCCGUACCUAUAUCCCACCUUAAUAGCAGCAAAAGUGUUUUGCAAAACAAUAUGACCACAAUAAGUACACUGUACUUAUUUAUUGAUGAAGGUACAUAGUAGUUAAGGCCCCUCGAUAUAAAGUGCGACCCAUCUUUUAGGGUCAGGUUUAGAACAAUGUGAAAGAGUGAAUUAACAUAACUUACAUUUUUGGGUGAAAUGUCCCUUUAACCUAAAGCGUGCUAGAUAAGUCAAUUCUAAUCUUGAAACAAAAACCAUAAAAGCAGCUGCUAUUUUGGAUAUCAAAGUGCUUUUUGUGGCACAGCUACUCAGUCCAGCUCUGCGCAUUUAUGACAAGAUUUCAGCAGUGUUGAAUUACUAUUUUUUUCCUUCAGUAAGCUGAGAGAGGAUUUGAGCUUGAGACUCUGUUUCAACUGAAAACAGUUACUUGUAUAAAAUGCAUAAACUUUUAAUGCUUGUAUUGAGUGAAUUGGAGUCUUUUACCCUCACAUUAUAUGGCAUCGACUCCCUCUAGUGUCCUUAAUGCAUUUUGAGUCAAGAAAUAAAUAUGUGAAGGGCUGUGUGGCCCUUUGGUACCA